AUGAGAUUAUCUACCGUUAACACAGCAUUGGUCUGGGCCGCUGCGGUCACCACCGUCAGCUCCCAGCAGCAACAACCACUUACAAAACCGCCGACAAGGACAGGAAGUAACUUUCAUGUGAAAGAGCAAUCCGCAGCCCUUUGUGAUGCUGGGUCGAGGUACUAUACAGGAACAGUCAACAUCACGACUGAAAAGUCCAUGUUCUUCUGGUAUUUCGAAAGCCGCCACCAGCCAGAGAAUGACCCAUUGCUUCUAUGGAUGAGCGGCGGGCCAGGUGCGACUGGAGAACUUGGCUGUUUCGUUGGUAGCGGCCCGUGUGCGGUCAAUGAAGACGGGAACUCGACGAGACGCCUGGAUUAUUCAUGGACAGAUCGUGCUAAUGUCAUCUAUAUCGACCAACCCAUUGGCGUCGGCUUCUCUGAGAUCACUGAUCGUGAAAUGAUUGCUGUCAGCCUCUUAGAAGGCGCCCGAGACGUCUACUCUUUCCUCUCCACCAUCUCUACGGAGGUAUUUCCACAAUUUGCAAGCCGCCCUUGGCAUCUGACUGGAGAAUCCAUGGGCGGUCACUACGUCACUGGCUAUACCCAGUACAUAGCCUCACUUGAGCGUGAAAAUGCAGCAUUGGGCAUUGAACCCCGGAUCAACAUCUCGUCAAUAGUCAUUGUAGACGGAUACAUUGAUGCCUCACGUCAGACCGUUGGAUACUAUGACUUCUUCUGCGCUGACUGGGCAGCCGACGGGCGCAAAGCGCCCCUCAUGGACAAGACUAUCUGUGCGGAUAUGUCUGAGGGUGUUCCAGCAUGUGAGUUGGCAGGAGCCCAAUGCCGGAGCAGCUACGACGCCGCAGUAUGCCUUUCGGCGAUGAAUGUGUGCAAUCAGACGGUCGGGCGGUUCUUCAACGACGAAAUCCGCCCCGGGGGCUGGGAUCCUUACGACAGCCGUCACAAAUGCGAGGAGCCUCCUUUGUGCUCAAGUUUUGCCCAUGACCAUACAUUGGAGUUCUUCAACCAGGAUUGGGUCCAAAAAGCACUGGGCUUCCCAGACUUUCCCUUUGAAUUGAUCGACUUCGACACUAACUACCGCUGGGUCCAGGCCGGGUAUGUGAACCUGCCGGUGACGCGGGAAUUAACCUGGAUUCUAGACCAAACGAACAUCAAAGUUCUUUUCAUCAAUGGAAAUAAUGAUAUCAUAAUCAACACACCAGGUCAGAUGCGUAUGCUGGACGAGCAGCCGUGGAAAGACCAAGCACAAUAUAGAAGCUUGGGCUAUAAAGAAUGGUAUUAUAGGGAUGGAGAUCUGGCACACCAUGACGAGAAGGGGGUUGAGAGAGGUGGCUUUUGGAAAGGAACUGACCGCCUGCAAUUCUACGCCAUUGAUGAGGCUGGGCACUUUGCGCCUCAUUUUCAGCCCGAACCAGUCGGAGCUGUACUGAGAGGGUGGUUGCGCAAGUAG